AUGGAGGGAAGUAGGCUGGGCAAGUGGCUGAAGCAGUAUGGUGAUGGCGAUGGAGAUGGAGAGGCUAGAGAGGCAGAAAUGGAGAGCUCCUGGGCAUCCCUGGCCUCCCUCCUGAGCAUCCUGUGGGUGGUGUUCCCGCCGGAGCUCCGGUUUGCCUCCCUCAAGUUCCUGAACCGGGCCUUCACCUGCUUCUCCUCCUACUGCUACAUCGACAUCACCGAGAAUAACGGUGUCAACACCAACGUGCUCUACAACGCUGUCCAGCUCUACCUCAGCUCCUACGUCUCCGCCUCCACCUCAGCCAGCCGCCUCUCCCUCACCCGCACCAUCAACUCCAGCGCCACCAUCUUCGGCCUCUCCAACAAUGACUGCAUCAACGACGUCUUUAACGGUGUUGCCGUCCAGUGGGAGCACAUGGUGACACAGCGCCAGUCCCAGACCUUCUCGUGGCGGCCCCUCCCCGACGAGAAGCGCAGUUUCAUGCUCCGGAUCAGGAAGGGCGACAAGGACCUCAUCAUCCACUCCUACCUGGACCAUAUCAUGGACAAGGCCAACAACAUCCGCCGCAAGAACCAACAACGCCUCCUUUACAUUAAUUUGCGUGGCAGGUCGCUCGAUUCUCAUAGCCACCCUUGGGAAUCGGUGCCGUUCAAGCACCCGAGCACCUUCGACACGUUGGCCAUGGACCCGGAGACGAAGGGGAACAACAUGGAGGACCUCUGCAACUUCGCAGCCAGGCAGACCCUAUACCAGCAGACAGACCAAGCCUGGAAGUGGCGCUACCUGCUCAGCGGCCCGCCCGGGACAGCGAAAUCGAACAUUUUCGCCGCGAUGGCCAAUUUCCUCGGCUAUGACAUCUACAACCUCGAGCUGACCAAGGUGCACUCCAAGUCCGAGCUCCUGAACCUCCUCAUGAAGACCAGCUCCAAGUCCAUCGCCGUCAUCAAGGACAUCGACUGCUGGGUCAAUCUGUCGAACCGGUCCAAGGUGCCCCAAGCCAUCGCACCUCAGAGCUACAACGACCCCGGGGUGCCUGACACCACACGCAGUGUUGAGGACGGGAACAACAACACCAACACCAUCUGGGGGUUGCUCAACUUCCCCGACGGCCCGUGGUCGUGCUGUGGGAGCGAGAGGAUCUUCGUAUUCACCACCACCAACCGCAUUGAGAAGCUCAACCCAGCAUUGCUCCAGAGCAGCCGGAUGGACAUGCACAUCUGCAUGAGCUAA